UCUUAUAUUGUAAAUAGGCAUAUUUUUAUAUCUCCGAAAGCAUGUACUUAUUUAUUUGUACGUUCUGUUUAAGCUUAGUUGUCUGUUUUAAAAGAAAAAAAAAAGAAAUUUUUAUCGAAAAAUUGUAAAUAAAAAAUCGAUGUCGUAUUUUAAAACGAUCAUCGAUAAACGAAUUCGUUUUAAUAUUUUUUUUGUUUCUUUUUUUUUUUAAUUUCUAAAUGCCGAUUAUUUUUCUUGAUACCUUUAAUUUUAUUAAUAAUUGAAAUACGAAUGCAUGCAAUAGCGAUUUGAAAGACGAUAAUACUAAUCGCACGAAUUAUUUGAAUAAUUUAUUUCCAAUGAAAAAGAGUACAUAAACGUGUAGUUGCACGCUAGAUGUUCAACACAUUCAGCAAACAACGAACACAUUCGAUUUAAGUUGACAAGAGAAAGUUGAUAAUAAGCACAUCGAACAAAACUAUGGAAAAAUACAAGAGCGAUGAAAAAUUCAAGCAAAGUAUUCGUGACAUCAAAAAGAUUAAUAAUCAAAUGACGUUGAAGAAAAACAAGUCAACAUUAAUUUCGGCAAACGCAGAUCGCAAAAAACGUUCGGUUAAAAAAAUUCUUCAAGAUUUCACCGAAUCAAGUUCUAUACACGGUGUUAAAUAUCUUGGAAUGCAAAGUAUCGUUAAAAGUUGUAUAGGAAAAUUAUUAUGGCUUAUUGUAGUGGUCGCUGGAUUUUUCGGUGCGAAUAUUAUGUUGAACAAAUUUUUGGUAAACUUGGAAAAUAAUCCGACCGAACUUCGCGUCGAAACAUUUUAUUCACCGAUUAUCAACGCUCCAUUUCCAGCGAUAACAAUUUGCCCUUCCACACCAACUAUGCUUAAAACCCAAUUGGAUUUAAUGAAAAAUAUUAAAUUACCUGCUAAUAUGAGCAACGAGGAAGCGAUGUUCUUUAUCAAAUAUGGAACUGAUAUAACUACGCCGCAUAUAACAAGACAUCCAAACCGUUUGAAUAAAUAUGUUGAGCUUUUAAAAGUAAAUAAAUGGACAUUGAUUGAUUUUUUGGCAGCCAUCAAGCCUUGCAAAGAUAUGAUCGAAUCUUGUUGGUGGCAAGGACUGCAAAUUAAUUGUACUGAUUAUAUCAAACAAUCUUACACCUAUUAUGGAAUUUGCUGUUCUUACAAUUAUUAUUUAGAAUAUCUCAUGAAAUAUGACGUACGUUUUCAAGAAGUACCAAUACUUCACUCGGUUAAAACUGGAUCAAAAUCUGGGCUCACUAUAAUAUUCAAUCGUGAUUUAUUUUUUCAAGAAAACGAAACUGAGAGCACCAACUUUGUAAACAGCGUCAAACUUUUAGUAUUCGUUCAUCACACAGUGUCUUAUCCAAGCGCCGAAACUGUUGGAUACUCUUUGCAGAAAGGACAAGAAUUAAAAUUAAGAGUGCAACCAAUUAUAAAAAAGAAACCACAAAAUAUUUAUCACACCUAUUUCAACGAUAGCUUACAACUCGAGUGCAUUCCUAACACCCAGAAAAGCAACUUACGUUUUUUUAACGAAUAUCACCAAUCUAAUUGUUUCGUUGAUUGUACGAUCACCGAAAUAUAUAAAAUGUGCGGCUGUGUUAGAUACAUUUAUGCACCGAUGGCAAAUUAUACUUCGUUACGGAUAUGCGAUUCUAAGGAUGUUAAGUGUUUGAAUAAAUAUUGGUAUAAAAUAAAGUCCGUUAACUUCGACACCUGUUUUUGUUCGAGUCUUUGCGAAGAUACGAUUUACAAGAUAUCAACUUCCAAAUAUUACUUGAAAAAUACACAAUUAUCUGUUUCACCGAUAUAUCAACAUUUAACGGCUACUCAUACGGUUUUAAAGGUGUUUUGGAAAAUGGAUUUUUUUAUGAUCUUCGACACACAGCCUGCAUCCAUCAAUUGGAAAAAUCUUGCCGAAGUUGGUGGAAUAUUCAGCCUUUUCCUUGGUUGUAGUAUCCUUAGUGCUGUAGAAAUUAUAUAUUUCAUUUAUCUUCUUUGUCGUGGAAUUUGUUCGAAAAAACAAACUCAUAAUAAUUAAGUUUAAAAAUAUGAUUAAAUAAUCAGCAUUUUUAUAGAUAUAAAAUUAAAUUUGAAUAACUUUCUGAUAUAUCGACCGAAUCUUCUGUUCGCACCUCAAUUAAAUUAAAAUAAAAAUAAUAAUAAAAAACAAUCAACUAUAAUUUAUUUUUAAAAAUAAUCAAUUUCUCUUCUGUUUAUAUUUCUAUUUCAAUCUGAAUUCAUUCAGAAAUGAUAUUCAACAGAACGCGAUAAUAGUAUUUGGAACGACCCAAAUUCACAUCAAGUAGAUCUAUUUCCAGCGAUUACUGGAACGUGGUGGCCAUUUGCCAGUCUUACCACGAGCUCAAAUAUGUAAAAUUAUUUAUUAUAAAAAACGAUAUUACUACUACCAUGUAUUCCAUCACGAUGAUUAUCACGAAGCUCUUGUCACACGACACGUAUUAAUUAUUAAUCAACGCAAUUGAGCACGUGACCAUGAAAAAUAAUA